ACCAGCUUACCCAUAUUUCUUUUCUGUGAUCAAAUAGAUUUCAGACCUCUGCUACCUUCUCCCUCCAAUCUCCAUCAUUUUCUUCUUCAAGAAUAUAAUAGCCAACCUCCAUUUUCAUGUCUUCUUUUUCUUCUUCUCCAUCUUCUCAUCGACAGAAAAUGCAGUCUUUCGUUCAUUAAGAGGAAGACCGAGUAAGAAGAUCAAAACCAUAUACCACCUACAAAGUAUUCAACAGUAUAUCCCUUUAUGGAUCUGAAUUUUUUCUCCUCUUUUUCUCCAUUUGUUAUCAGCCUCCUUUUACUGGUGUUCUGCAAAGGCAUAAGUGGAGCAACAUUUACUCUCGUAAACAGGUGUCAAUACAUAGUAUGGCCAGGUAUCCUUUCCAAUGCCGGCAGCAAUGGACUGGAUGCCACCGGCUUCGAACUUCCACCCGGUGGGUCUCGUUCCUUUCAAGCGCCUCCUGGCUGGUCCGGCAGGUUUUGGGGUCGAACUGGCUGCGCAUUUGAUCCAACUACGGGUCAGGGAACCUGUCAAACCGGUGACUGUGGGUCAAACCAAAUCCAAUGCAAUGGUGCCACCGCCAAACCUCCGGCCACCCUAGCCGAGUUCACUAUCGGGUCAGGUACGACUCAGGAUUUUUACGAUGUGAGUUUAGUUGACGGGUACAAUCUGCCGAUGACGGUGGAAGCAAUUGGCGGGUCGGGCACGUGCCUGUCAACGGGUUGUGUUACGGACUUGAAUCAGCGUUGCCCGAGUGAAUUACGGUUCGGGUCGGGCGAGGCAUGCAGGAGUGCGUGCGAGGCAUUUGGGAAGCCGGAAUAUUGUUGUAGUGGCGCGUAUGGUUCACCCGACACGUGUAAGCCGUCGAUUUACUCGGAGAUUUUUAAAUCAGCGUGUCCCAGAUCGUAUAGCUACGCGUAUGAUGAUGCAACGAGCACGUUUACGUGUACAGCUGCAGAUUAUACCAUUACAUUCUGCCCUUCAUUAACCAGCCAAAAAUCGGCCAGUAAUACGACUCCAAGUACAAGCGGAUCAAACAAUGGAGCAGGAGAUGUGGGUGGUAAUUCAUGGCUACCAAAUUUUGUAACUGGAGAUUCAUCGUCAACAACUCUUUCUUCUUCUUCUUCUUCUUCAUCAUCUUCAUCUUCAUCUUCUUCUUCAUCUUCUUCUGCUCUGAGACACGCAGUACUCCUAAUGACGGUCAUAUUUCUCUUGCUUAAUUCGCUAUAAGCAAAUGAGGAGACUUGUAGUAGCCAACAUGUGUACAGAUUAUUUUAGACCAUAA